AUGUUCCGCCGCCACUGGUCGGGUCUUCCCAAGGAUGUCUCCUUUCCAAAAGACCUCGCUGGCCUUGGAUAUUUUGUAAACGAUCAGGAUGAAGUUCGAUCGCUCAAGGACCCGGAUAACUACUUCAAGUUCCAUGUCAACAAGAACACUCGAGUCAACGACCGUCAGAGGUUCCAGCUUCAGCGCGCUAUGGAAGAUAUAAUCCAUGAACGGCUACAGAAGGAAGGUCUUCAGAAGAUCCAACUUUUGCCCGGGAACAAGAAACAGUGUCCCAUCUUCGUCGGCACUAACAUUGCAAAAACCGAACGCAUCGUCGCCAUUUUCGGCGAACCUCAUCAAGAUCUUGGCUUUAUCGCCGGUCGCAUUGUGAACGGACCUGGUGGUAUGGCUAAGGGUAGUAUGAUAUCUGUUGUACAAGCACUUGCCAAGCAGUCUGCCUCCCCUGAUGACCCUGAGCCUCCAUGCGUGAUUCUCGCCAACAUGGGUCAGAGGUUCUGGUGGCCUGAAGAAGAGCGCACUCUCACUAUCGAAGAUGCUGCGGAUAUUCCUCUUCCUAGCCUGGUGCACUCUGGACGGCAGCACAGCAAGGAGUUGAACGAGAUUCCUGGAAGUGAGUCUACUAUUGCGCACAUGACAACCAUUUUCAACAAGGUCAUCGACGUGAACAAGAAUGCCAAAAUCGACAUUAUCGCGAUUGGGCAAAGCUGCGAGGUGGCUCUGGAGUUCUUUGAGAACAACGAGAACUGGGCUCGAUGGGGUCAUCGCUUGGGUGCGUGCUUGUGGCUAUCUAAUUUCCGAUGA